AUGGCAGCUGUUGCAGCAGGCAAGCACACUGGCGCGAAAAACAUGCAAGUGUUUGACCCGCAAAGGGUUGCCGCCGAUGUCAACACACUUGCGGAUUCGGACUCACCGAUUGCUGGCCUCGUCAGGGAGGCGCUGUGCGUUAUCAAUCAGGCCCUUGAUGAACACGGCCAGGAUCGCGUGUCCCUGAGCUUCAACGGAGGCAAAGAUUGCACAGUCCUCUUGCACCUCUUCGUCGCAGCACUCGGCUCUCGCAAUGCUUCUCUCAAGGAGCCCUACCGGAUACCAACACUCUACAUCCCCCUCCCCUCACCCUUCCCAGAACUGGAGGAAUUCAUCAAACAAUCCAUGACCGCAUACAACUUAGAUCUAUUCCAUUGCUCUCCACCACAGACCGACGCCCCUCCCAAUUCUCUACCCAGUCUGUUAAUAAAGGAAUCUGCGCGCGACUUGCCAAUCGAGAGUGUAACUCGCCCGGCGACACCCCAGCCUAAUGGUUCGAAAGGACCAAAGUACCCUGUUGGCAAAGCAAAAGGCGGCGAGGGGAUGCGUAGAGCGUUGGAAGUGUACAAGGCCGAUUUCCCGCAUAUCGAGGCUAUACUUGUCGGAACGCGCAAGGACGAUCCACACGGAGCGACGCUCGGUUUCCGAAACAUGACAGACGCGGACUGGCCACAAUUUGAACGUGUACACCCGAUUAUCAACUGGUCGUACACAGAUGUAUGGACGUUCUUGCGCUCGCUCGCCGUUCCGUAUUGUAUAUUGUAUGACCGCGGAUAUACGAGCUUAGGAUCAACGUACAACACAUAUCCAAACCCCGCGCUUCGCAUCCAACCUAUGUGUACCUCAAGCUCAGCAGUCCCCGACCUCGAACCCUCAUCAGCAUCAGCGAACCUCAAACGCCCCAACGAACUAGCAGCUCCAAAUUCAUUCUACCGGAACGCAGACUCGGGAAGGCUACCCGUUGAUUCAGAACGGACGACACCUGAUAUCACUAGCACCACCGCUCCGGACGGUUCUAACCCAGGAAAUCGUGAGGAAGAGAGAUACCGCCCUGCCUAUGAACUUUUGGACGGUAGUCUCGAGCGGGCAGGACGAGGAAAGCAGCCUACUAAGAAAUCACUGACUAGAAAAGAGGAAGACGUAAAGUUGGAAGGAAACUUAUAG